UGUCAGCUCAAUCACUCCCCUUUCUGGAGGAGGGAGGGGACGGAAAGGUAACUAGCCCCUUUCUGCUUAAAAAAAAAAAAAAAAAGCAAAGGGAGAUCGCGGGCAGCCUUGCAGCCUCCCUCUCCCCACUCCUGGACCAUGCACCCCUGCAUCUUCUUGCUCGGCCACGGGCGAGGACUUGAUUUCUUGAGCUGAGAGCUAAAACUUGUUGAUUUUUCUUCUCCCCAACGACUGAAUCAUGCCAUGUGCCCAGAGGAGCUGGCUUGCAAAGCUCUCCGUGGUGGCUCAGCUCCUGAACCUGGGGGCCCUUUGCUAUGGGCGACAACCUCAGCCGGGCCCGGUGCUCUUCCCAGACAAGAGGCAAGAGCAUUUUAUCAAGGCCCUGCCGGAAUACCACGUGGUGGCUCCUGUCCGAGUCGAUGCGAGCGGGCAUUUUCUCUCUUAUGUCUUGCACCAUUCUGCCUCCAGCAGCAGGAGAAAGAGAGAUCUGGAUGGCCUAGAGGACCGGGUGUACUAUAGAAUUUCACACGAGGAGAAGGACUUGUUCUUUAACUUGACGGUCAAUCAGGGAUUACUUUCCAAAAGCUACAUCGUGGAGAGGAGAUGCGGGAACCUCUCCCAUGUGAAGAUGGAGGCUUCCUCGGGGCCCCCCUGCCAUCUCAGGGGCACAGUUCUGCAGCAGGGCACCGGGGUCGGCACUGCAGCCCUCAGCGCCUGCCAUGGACUGACUGGAUUUUUCCAUCUACCACAUGGAGACUUUUUCAUUGAGCCUAUCAAAAAGCAUCCUCUGGCUGAGGGAGAGUACCACCCACACGUCAUAUACAGGAGGCAGAGGCGAGGCAUCCCAGAGAUGAAGGAGCCAACCUGUGGAUUAAAGGACAGUCCUGGCAUCUCCCAGAAACAAGAGCUACUGCGAGAGAAGUGGGAGAGGAGCCACUUGCGAGGCAGAAGCCUGUCUCGGCGUUCCAUCAGCAAGGAGAGGUGGGUGGAGACGCUGGUGGUGGCCGACACGAAGAUGAUUGAGUACCACGGGAGAGAGAACGUGGAAUCUUAUAUCCUCACCAUCAUGAACAUGGUCACCGGGUUGUUCCAUAACCCAAGCAUUGGCAAUGCAAUCCACAUCGUUGUGGUUCGGCUCAUUCUACUUGAAGAAGAAGAGCAAGGGUUGAAAAUAGUUCACCAUGCAGAGAAGACACUGUCCAGCUUCUGCAAGUGGCAGAAGAGCAUCAAUCCCAAGAGCGACCUCAGCCCUGCCCAUCAUGAUGUGGCCGUCCUUCUCACCAGAAAAGACCUCUGUGCGGGUGUCAAUCACCGCUGUGAGACCCUGGGGCUGUCCCACCUGUCAGGAAUGUGCCAGCCUCACCGGAGUUGUAACAUCAAUGAAGACUCUGGACUCCCCUUGGCUUUCACAGUUGCCCAUGAACUCGGACACAGCUUUGGCAUCCAGCAUGAUGGGAAGGAAAACGACUGUGAGCCCGUGGGCAGGCACCUGUACAUCAUGUCCCGCCAGCUGCAGUACAAUCCUGCCCCGCUGACAUGGUCCAAAUGUAGCAAGGACUAUAUCACUCGCUUCCUGGAAAAUGCUUUUGUGCAAGUUUUGAAAAAUACAAAAAAGCUCAGACUCAUGUUUGUUUUCCAGAAUGUUUGCCAGACACUGUGGUGCUCGGUGAAGGGCGUUUGUCGCUCCAAGUUGGACGCUGCUGCAGAUGGGACUCAAUGUGGAGAGAAGAAGUGGUGUAUGGCUGGCAAGUGUAUCACAGUGGGCAAAAAACCAGAGAGCAUUCCUGGAGGCUGGGGCCGCUGGUCGUCCUGGUCCCACUGUUCCAGGACCUGUGGGGCCGGAGCCCAGAGUGCAGAGAGGCUCUGCAACAACCCUGAACCAAAGUUCGGAGGGAAGUACUGCACUGGAGAAAGAAAACGCUAUCGCUUGUGCAACAUCCACCCCUGUCGCCCAGAUACACCCACUUUUCGGCAGAUGCAGUGCAGUGAGUUUGACACUGUUCCCUAUAGGAAUGAAUUCUACCACUGGUUUCCGGUUUUUAAUCCAGCACGCCCUUGUGAGCUCUACUGCCGACCCAUCGACGGCCACUUUUCCGAGAAAAUGCUGGAUGCUGUCAUUGAUGGUACCCCUUGCUUUGAAGGCGGCAACAGCAGAAAUGUCUGUAUUAAUGGCAUGUGUAAGAUGGUCGGCUGCGAUUAUGAGAUCGACUCCAACGCCACGGAGGACCGCUGUGGUGUGUGCCUUGGGGAUGGCUCAGCCUGCCAGACUGUGAAGAAGAUGUUUAAGCAGAAAGAAGGAUCUGGUUAUGUUGACAUCGGACUGAUUCCAAAAGGAGCCAGGGACAUACGGGUAAUGGAGGUUGAAGGCGCUGGAAACUUUCUGGCCAUCAGGAGUGAAGACCCUGAAAAAUAUUACCUCAAUGGAGGAUUUAUUAUCCAGUGGAAUGGGAACUACAAGCUGGCAGGGACCAUCUUUCAAUAUGACAGAAAAGGAGACCUGGAGAAACUGAUGGCCACGGGUCCCACCAAUGAGUCAGUGUGGAUCCAGCUUCUGUUCCAGGUGACUAACCCUGGUAUCAAGUAUGAGUACACAAUCCGGAAGGAUGGCCUUGACAAUGACGUGGAGAAGCUGGUGUACUUCUGGCAGUAUGGCCGCUGGACAGAGUGCAGUGUAACAUGUGGAACAGGUAUCCGACGCCAGACUGCCUAUUGUGUGAAGAAGGGUCGUGGGAUGGUGAAAGCAACGUUCUGUGACCCAGAAACACAACCCAAUGGGAGACAGAAGAAGUGUCAUGAAAAGGAUUGUCCACCCAGGUGGUGGACAGGGGAGUGGGAAGCAUGUUCCGCAACAUGUGGGCCCCACGGAGAGAAGACGCGAACAGUGCUGUGCAUCCAGACCAUGGGCUCAGAUGAGCAGGCUCUCCCGGCUCAAGACUGCCAGCAUCUGCUAAAGCCCAAGACCCUCGUGUCCUGCAACAGAGACAUCCUGUGUCCAUCAGACUGGACAGUGGGCAACUGGAGUGAGUGCUCUGUUUCCUGUGGUGGUGGAGUACGGAUUCGCAGUGUCACGUGUGCCAAGAACCACGAUGAGCCCUGCGACAUGACGAGGAAGCCCAACAGCAGAGCUCUCUGUGGCCUCCAGCAGUGCCCAUCCAGCCGGAGAAUUCUGAAGCCCAACAGAGGCACAAUUUUCAGUGGGAAAAAGCUACCAACACCUGACCCCUUCAAGCCUGUCCCUCCAACUACACCCAGUCCCAGGAUGCUGACUACACCCAGUCCCAGGGUGCUGACUACACCCACAGUGCCUGGGCCUCUGAGCCCAAGCACUCCGACAAUUAACAGCCCUGAUCCUUCCACAGCCUCCAAAGAAGGAGACCUGGAUGGGAAGCAGGGGCAGAAUAGUUCAAUCCAAACUGAACUGGACACCCAUAAUGUCAUUUCCACUGGAAGUACUUCCCAGCCCACCCUCACUUCUCUGUCUUUGAGCAUCCAGCCAAAUGAAGAAAAUGUUUCCAAUCCUGACACUGGUCCUACCUCCGAGGGAGACCUUGUCAUCACAACGACGAGUGGUUCUGACUUGUCAACUUCCAGCAAUGCUGUGACUUGGCAGGUGACUUCGUUUUACAGUCCCUUGACCAAAGAGCCAGAAAUGGAGAUUCACAGUGGCUCAGGGGAAGACAGUGAACCAUCUGAGAAAAAACAUGAGAACAACUCUGUGACAUGGACCAAGAUCAGAGAACCUGGAAAUGAUUCUCCAGGGGAAAGAAGUAUAGAAAUACCACUUGGAGCUCCACCAACCCCUUAUCUUGGGGGGACAUCUCUAUGGCCACCCUUUAGCACAGUAUCAGAAGGACUGGUACCCAGCCAAAGGCCCAUUACUGUCAAAAAUGGAGCAUCCAGAGCUGAAGGGAUGGUCACUGAAAAGCCAGCUAAUACUCCACUCCCUCUGGGAGCAGACCACCAGCCAGCAUACUCCAAAGAGCCAGUAAACCAUCGCGCCCCAGAACUUCCAAGCAACAUGAACCUAACACAGAGUCCUGGACCGGUCCUGACCAAGGAAGAUGCAACAAGUCUGAUGGCUGAGGGAUUUCUGCUUAAUGCCUCGGAUUACAAGCAGCUCUCGAUGGGACACAGCCCUGCCUACUGGAUUGUUGGAAACUGGAGUGAGGUGGCCCAUUCCGGAAGCAGUGAGGAUAAGGGAUAUGACAUGUUGGGAGAAUACUGCAGUAGUCUAGAUGAGAACGAUGACAAGAAUGCUUGGGAUGAAGAGGGAAAGAUAAGUUCAGGAGAUAUGGGGAACUUAAAAUCA